CGACAAUCAUCCGUAAAGCUUGAAAAAUGCCUCGUUAUGAUGAUCGAUAUGGUAGCAAAACGCGGCUGUAUGUCGGUCGCUUGUCUUCUCGGACACGUUCACGUGAUCUGGAACGCCUUUUCAACAAAUAUGGACGGUUUCUGGGGGUUUUGCCCAAACCGGGAAGUCUUUGGUGGGAGGGUGGCCUUGGUGGAAUUGGUGGAAAUUCUUGUCGAGUGUCUAAAGGACUUCGCGAUUCUUUCUGUUAUGUUAAUGCGUGUUUUUAUGCAAAUGGCAACAAUCUCAAACUGGUGUUUAGUUCGUCUGUGAGGGGCGAAGUAUCAUACACUUGCAGUAGUUAAGUAAUGAUGGCCUUACUGUUUCUGGCAACCAUUUCCGCAGAGUACGAGAUGUGGAUAUGAAGCGGGACUUUGCCUUUGUUGAAUUUAGUGAUCCCCGAGAUGCUGAUGAUGCUCAAUAUAAACUAAAUGGACGGGAUAUUGACGGAAGCCGUAUUAUUGUAGAGUUUGCAAAAGGGGGGCCACGUGGUUCCCGUGAAUAUUUGGGCAGAGGUCCUCCUCCUGGAGCUGGGCGGUGCUUUAAUUGCGGCAUUGAUGGGCAUUGGGCCCGUGAUUGCAAAGCUGGAGAUUGGAAAAACAAGUGUUAUCGUUGUGGAGAAAGAGGUCAUAUAGAGAAGAACUGCAAGAACAGUCCCAAGAAGCUAAGCAGCCGUGCAAGAAGUGAUUCACUAUCACCAGAUAGAUCUCGCUCUCCUCGUCGUGGCAGGAGCCGUAGCCGAAGUUACAGUCGAGGUCGCAGCUACAGCCCGUCAAGAUCCCCAGCAAGGAGAAAUAGAAGCCUUGAGCGUGAAGAUAGGAGAUCACGGAGUCCUCGCAACAGGAGCCCUGAGCCAAGGAGAAGUCCACCUCCCUCCAAGGGGAGGAAGCGCAACCUUACACCUGAUUAUGGCAGUCCCCAGGAGAGACAUACCCCAUCUCCCAAAAACAGCAGAUUGGCUGCUGAUCAAGAUGGGUCUGAUUACAGUGACAGCCCUAGGAGGAAGAGUGGAGGAGGUCCUGUUAGCCCUGAAAGAGAGAGUCCUAUUAGGAGUUAUCGAAGUCCUUCUGAAGCUAAUGGUCGCAGCCGCAGUGCUAGCCCUAGAGAUGAUAGGAGCCCUGUUGAUGAAGAUGAUGACAACCGCAGGUCUCCACGAGGCAGCGAGACACCGUGAAGUGUUUGGUGGGGGAGCAUGAAGUCUCUCUUUGCAUAUACAUGGGCAUCUACUAGACCAAUGUACUUGCGGAUUUAAUUCAUGCCCAUAUGAAAAUUGCUUGAUCUUAAAACUAGGUAAGGAUAAUUGGGAUGAAUGAGCACUUAGACUUUUGAUACUCUGAAUUGGGUAUUUUUCGUAUUAUAAGAUUUAUGCUUCUCUC